CCAAACUAAAAAAGUUCAUUCGACAUCCUCCCUCUACUCAAACUCAUUACGAUCAUUAGAUUUAUCGAUUCAACUCCCAAAAUCGUUCAAGAUGGAUUCGCCAGGUGCCGAAUUUGCCGACAACGAGAGACGAGAGCUGAUGGCAGCUAUAACUCGCAAGAUACCCUUCCACUUAAAUGCACCCACCUCAUGGGCUUGUUUGUGGCUGUCCGAUAUGGAAAGGCUUAGAUAUCUUGCAGGUCUAGAGGCAAAAGACUUGUAUGAUAUACUGUAUGCCUAUGAUAAUUACAAACUAGUUCAGCAAUCGUGAUGUUGGACUGCAAUCGAGACUUUCAUCAGCAAUAUCAUCCCCAUCCCAUAAUCGAAAGCAAGGUAUGAUUGACUGCAAUGCAGUUGUUUCUGGUGCAGCCACAGAGCUCUAUUCGGCGACUAAGAUAUCGAAACCGAAAUUGGCAUUACAGACAGCUCUUUCAGACUCCGAGGAGCCCCGGGAAGUGAAAUCAUCUCCAAUGGAUAGCCCGUUUAGUACUCCUAUAAAUACUCCUAACAAGAACAAGCGUCCCGCUGCGUCGAUUGAGUCCCCAGUCCCAUCUAAAAGGUUGAGAAGAGACGAGGCAGCGAGAAAGAUUUGCAAGCAAAGAGAUGUCUCGUGUGUAAUCACACAGACACCGGGUGAUUAUUGUGACGUUGCGCAUGUUUACCCGUUUUCUUUACGGGAUAUAACAGUCGAGUCAACAAAAUUCUUCUGGAGCAAUAUGAAACGUUUCUGGUCCGAUGAGAGGGUCAAGAAAUGGAAAGACGCUGUCUUCUCCGGAGAAAUGGGCACGGAAGAGCCUGAAAACAUGAUGCUUCUCAAUCCUCUGGCCCAUCGUUUGCACACCAAGGGGUUGUUCGCCCUCGAGCCGGUCAGUAUGAGUGAUGAUCAGACCCGUCUUACACUGCGGAUAUGGUGGCUUAAACAGCAGCAACCCAACAAAGCCAUAACAUUGGGCAAUAUUCCAGACUUGCCAGGGGAUUAUAACCCCGAAGGAGCAGGUAUAUGCCUAUAUAAUUCCAUACGCCAACAAUGUCUUCGUUCCGGGGAGCAUAUUCAUCUUAUAACACCGGAUCCUAUUCUACUGCCACUACCGGAUACUACGAUAAUGGAAAUGCAAUGGAUCUUACAGAGGGUCACUGCAUUAAGUGGAGCUGCCGAGCCGCAGGAGCUGGAAGAGGAUGAUGAUGAUGAAGGUGAAGAUGAUUUUGGCCUCAGACCAAUCUCUCCUCCCCUCCACAUGCCGUCAUCUAGUCAGGUAUAUGAAUCCCAGUCCUCUCCGGCUUCGUCAGUCAGUCAGAAUGUCAGAGGGGGGAUGAAGUACUCCCUAUAUACUGCUCGUUCUAUGACAUCUAACGCUGAGAUCGAAGGAAUGGGUCAAGACUGAUAUCGCCAUCACUGAUAUGUACCAUCACCAAUCAUCAUGAUUUACAUCUCAAAUUGUACUGAAAGCAGAAGAACUAUGAGUAUAUGAAAAUGGUUUUUAUUCUUAUCUUAAAAAUUAAUAAAGAUUUAAUUCACCAUGAAACUUCUAAAUUAUUUAAUACAAUUGUUAGAGCAGGUCAGCCGGCUCGCUACAACCCAGC